AUGACAGAUAAGAUAGCCAUCAAAAAGAUGGGCGACACAUACUUUGUGUUUGACGCAAAAGAUGUCGAACAGCUCAGGACCAAAUACCGUAUUGUGGGAGCAUUGAAUGGCACUCUUCCACAGCUUCCUCUGCAAAACACAUUUUACGGCCUCCCGCUUAUGCUGUUACCUGAAGAAGUUGAAUUAUUAGUAAACAGAGGUUGGGCCCAUAUUAUUCAAAAACCACCCAAAACUACUACCAGCACAACAAUGAUGCAAAACAAGGGACCGCACGUUACAGCAAUAGUGCACAAACAGAGGAAACUGAGUGCAGAUGUCUUUGAUUUCUUUUGGUCGCAAGGCUUUUACAUUACCAGUGGUGUCAAAUUCGGCGGCCAGUUCCUGCUGUACCCCCAUGAUCCCAUGUGUGUGCACAGUGAGUACAUUGUUUCCGUCAAGCAGACAAAAGAUCAAGAGGUAUUGCCUUUAGAAAUCAUUGAGAUGGGAAGAGCGGCAACGAAUGUGAAAAAGACAUUCGUGCUUGUGGCGGCAGCAGAUCAGAAAGAAGCAGAGGGUGAGCAGGAGGAGCAGGAGGAGCAGGACACCAACCAAAUGGUAUGUUACUCGAUAGAAUGGGCAGGCUUUUGA